CGGGUGCGCCCGCCCCCCGUGCCGGUGAGGGAGCGUUCCGCCACCACACGGAAGCGGAAGCGUUCCCGGCGCUGCGCGGAGGGGCAGGGUCUGGCGCGGGCCGGCGGCCGUUAACCGUGGGGUCUGGCCCAACUCCCACCCUACCCCCACCCCACCCCACCCCCGCCGGCUGCGGGUGAGGGGGGCGCCGGGAGGGCCCCUUCGGCGGCCGGGGAAGGCGGCGGGGAGCCGGCGGCGGAGGGUGCGGACGCCUUCCGAAGUCUUUCUGGUGGAGAGCUUGGGAUCCGCCUCGGCGCUGGCCAGCUGGGGUUUACUGGUUGUUAAGUAGACUCCAAAGCAGUGUGGCUUUGCUCCGCCUGUCCCUUCCUUCCUGAGAAAGGGUAGCUGCUUUCUGAGCCAUCACAUACCAACUUCAUGUGUUCCUAAGAUUGUCAUCAGCUUCUUGUGGUUUUGUUUUUGUUUUGGUUUUUUUAUUUUUGUAUUUUUCUGAGGCCUUACUGAGGUUUAUUUACUUAUAGGCUCUAGUGGUUGUAAAGUUAUUUAAGAUGUUUGUACUACUCAGUUUUAACUCUGUAAUUGACUCUUGUAUUAAGAGACAUUGUAUUAACUUGGGAAUGGUUAAAUGGCCAAAGAAUUAACUUAUUUACGGAUAAGGGCUAAUUUAUUUGACUACUGUUGGCCUGCAACUUAAACUUGCAUCUUUUAUUUUUUUUUAUCCUAUGCUUUUUCUGUGUUAUGGCUGCUGCAACAAUAGUUCAUGAUACAUCAGAAGCUGUAGAGCUCUGUGCUCCCUGUGGGUUAUACCUUAAACCCAUUACAAAAAUGACCAUCAGUGUGGCACUUCCUCAGCUGAAACAGCCGGGAAAAUCCAUUUCGAACUGGGAAGUGAUGGAAAGAUUGAAAGGGAUGGUGCAAACUCAUCAGUUUUCCACUCUGCGGAUUUCUAAAAGCACAAUGGAUUUCAUCCGGUUCGAAGGAGAGGUUGAGAACAAAAGUUUGGUUAAGUCUUUUCUGGCGUGCCUUGAUGGCAAAACAAUAAAGCUGAGCGGCUUCUCUGACAUUUUAAAAGUCCGUGCUGCGGAAUACAAGAUUGACUUUCCUACCAGACAUGACUGGGACUCGUUUUUCCGUGAUGCAAAAGAUAUGAAUGAAACUUUGCCAGGGGAAAGGCCAGAUACUAUUCACCUAGAGGGCUUACCUUGUAAGUGGUUUGCAGCAAAGGACUCUGGCUCGGAAAAGCCAAGUGAAGAAAUCCUUGUAAAAGUUUUCAAGAAAUUUGGAGAAAUACGUAACGUGGACAUACCCAUGCUGGACCCUUACAGAGAAGAAAUGACUGGCAGAAAUUUUCACACUUUCAGUUUUGGAGGCCAUUUAAAUUUUGAAGCUUAUGUUCAGUAUCGAGAGUACGCAGGUUUCAUUAAGGCCAUGAACGCCCUGCGAGGGAUGAAGCUGAUGUUUAAAGGCGAGGAUGGCAAAGCGGUGGCUUGCAACAUAAAGGUUUCUUUUGACUCAACAAAACACCUCAGUGAUGCAUCAAUUAAGAAGCGUCAGCUUGAAAGGCAAAAGCUUCAAGAGCUUGAAAAACAGAGAGAAGAACAAAAGCGUAAAGAGAAAGAAGCAGAGGAAAAACAAAAAGAGGAAGAAAGGAAACAGAGAGAGCUUGAAGAAUAUGAGAGAGAGAGAAAAAGAGAAGAAAAAUUGCGCAAGAGAGAACAGAAACAGAAAGAUCGUGAAGUUCGACGAAACAAAAAACAACUUGAAAAGCUUCAAGCUGAAGAACAGAAAAAACUGCAAGAGAAGAUAAAGUUAGAAGAAAGGAAGCUCCUGUUAGCUCAAAGAAAUCUUCAGUCCAUUAGACUAAUUGCAGAACUGUUAAGCAGGGCAAAGGCAGUAAAACUUUUGGAGCAAGAACAUAAUGAAGAAAAGAUUCGUCUUCAGCAGCUAGAGGAGAGACGAAAGCUUCAGGAGGCUGAGCUCAAACGUGUGGAAGAGGAAAAAGAGAGAGCGCUGGGGUUGCAGAGAAAAGAAAAGGAACUGAGGGAGAAACUACUGAACAAUCUUCUAAGCAAGAAAAUGGAUGCACUUAAUCAAAACAAAGAAGAAACUGAGACAGUUCAGUCUGACAUACCGAAAACCCCUAGCGGUAUUCCACACUCUGUGUCAUCCAGCUGCAUCACUUCUACCUCAGGACAGGCUGUUACAGGCAAACUGGUUCCUGGCUCUCAAAGAGAGGUAGCAUCCCCUGAGAGCGCAAACACUCAAUGCAAGUACUUGAAUGGCAACAUUCACGACAAAGUUCAUGUCAAAGAAGGUCAGAAACUUCAUACCACAAACUCUGAGAGGUGCUCUGAGAAAAGAAGUUCAGGGGUACUUCCGUGCAUUCCCGCCAGUAACCAGCAGCAGAAGAGCCACUCUGGCUACGACCAGAAUACCUGCAGGAAGGACUCGCGCUGUGAGCAGGGCAGACGUAGCGCAGAGCCGAGGAGAAGAAAGAGCCGUUCGUGUAGCAGCGUAAACACUGACGAGAGUAAGGGUAGACGGGAGAGGAGCAGACACAGAAGAGAUGCGAGCUACCAGGAUGAAAAACGCCGGAAAGAAAGGAGGUAUUAUAGACACUCUAGCAGAAGUUACAGCCCUCGACGAAGCCGCAGUCCUCGUCGAAGAAACGUAAGUCCCAGACGUUCGCGUUACAGAAGAACUCGCAGUAGCGAACGGAAACGAGACAGAAGAGAAAGAAGUCACAGUCGCAGAAGCGUGAGCAGGAGGCGAAGGCACCGGAGGUGAUCACUGAGUAAGCAAAGGAGUACUUGGAGUGGGUAGUGGAGGCCUUGGCUCCUUGGAAAGGCUGUGGUCGGACAAAAGGGCCAGGAAGCUGUAAACGAGACCUCAUCGGUGUGACUGCUAUAGAAAACACGUUUGUUUCAACCAAUGCUUAACUUGCAUCUAGUCUCGGAAAUCAAGAAAAUAGAUGCCUGAUUUUUUUUUUUGAUGUUCCUUUGUGCUUUGUUGUCUCUUCUAGGUUUCCACCACAAUGUGUAGGUAUAACCGCCUGUGCUUGUGCUCGAGUUCCUACAGUGCUAAAAGCCUAUUUUCUUGAUUUUCGUUUUUCUAAAACUUAAUUUUAGUUGAUUUAGCUUUUAAUCUCUGUAUCACCGAAUUUGGCUUGAGAAUUACAUGGGUGCCAGUUGCAGGAACUCCAGCUGUGACAAGCUAUUACAUCCAGAUUUGAUUUAAAAUGCUUUCUGGUGCACUCAGUGAAAUCACAUUUAACAAAGUAGAGUUUUUGCUGAUAGGGAUACCUAGCAGGGCUUUCAUGUAGUCCUUAAAACUGACUACAAAGAUAUGCAGGAUGUCUUUUAAACUGCUGUGAUUCCUUCGUAUGUCUGUAUGGUGCCAAGCUUUGUGGCCCAAAUUAUUCUGGCAUGUAAUGCUGUUUGUAUAAUACUUUCCAUGUAGGAGAGGCACACUGAUGUAGGAAGUAAGAAGCAGUGGUAAAAUGGUUGAAAAGGUGUUCUGUUAUUUUGUUGACAUAUCUGGCUUUGUAAUUACUUCAGGUGGCACAGAGCCAUUUGAAGCAUUUUUUCAGGUACAUACAGAGCUAGCCAUUGUCUUUUGAAAAAGGGGCCUUCUUGCUAAAUUAUUUUUACUUGUGGUGUUGGAAAGCAAGGCUGCAGUGUCUUUUGUUAAAUCCAUUUAAGAAUACUUUUGCUUCUAAAAUGCAGCUCAGGAAUAUUAAAAGCUAUAACAUUACAGUGAAAGAGUUUAUUUUGCCUUUUUAUGGUAAAAUUAAAAAGAAAACUGUUUCCAGUGAACUGAAGUUGCUGUUUUCAUAUGUCAGUAUAUUAAAAUCUGCAGAAGUGUUGUAUGAGAACCCGUUUGUUGAAAAAAAAUCGCUUGACACGUUUGAAUAAUGAAGCUCAGCCACUCCUCUUGAUGGUCCUGUUACGUACAGCAAUGUCACCUGUCAGCUCUACAGCCUUUGGAUGCCAUUUUCCUCACGCUGAUGCAUCAAAGCAAAGUGCAUCCCUUUCCUGGAGUGCCCGAGGAGCCCACUGGUGCUGCAGCUCAGCUGGAUCCCUGGCUGGCUGAGUUUGUGUUGCUUUCAGUGAAUCCAUGCAGGGUUUGUUUUUCACUAGGCCAUGCUGCUGAAAUCUUUGUAAUUACUAGCUGUGGAAAGAAAAGGAAGUCAUUCUUUUAUUUUCCCGAUAAUUCAUGUUUUUAAAGAUCUCCAAUUAAUUAUGUUACUUCUAAUUUUUUUAUGACUUCUCUUGUGAGUUUCACCGCUGUCUUGGCGGCUGAGAGCUAGACUGACUAAUCAUCUCAACACCACCAGUCUCUUGAAUUCUGAGUAUUUGCUUUCUGUGGAGAGUUCAUUUUUCUCCUAUCUUUGUUAAAAUGUUAAAAGCCUAGCUACCUGAAGAUAAGUUCAUUUUCAGUAAUGAUUUAACAUCCAAUCUAAUGUUGGUUGCAGGUAUUUGAGAAGGCUGGUGGGAUGCCUGUUUGUAAAUGCAUGCAAUUCUGCUUAGCCUGCUCUUAAAUACUGACACACUGUCCAUGUAACACCACUUCAAAAAAAAAAAAAAAGUAUUCUAUCUGCAGCUGGGUGAGAGUUUAACUAAUGGCUGUCAGCACCAAUGUCUUUGAGCUCAGGAUUAGAUUCUUACUAGUAUUUCUGCAGUGUAUUUCUGCUGUGGAUUUGCACUGGGGUUGAUAUGUUGGAUGGGGGUCUUGAUGAUGUAUUGUGUAAGUAAUCUAGGAGAUGAUAGUUUAUAAUACUACUUUCAAGAAGUUAUCAAGCUGUGAAUGCAGUAUCAUUGCCAGGAGUGGAAGCAGUUAAAGCAGUGACAGUCACCAAAAGGUGUUGGAGUCAUACUAGCAGAAUCUAACAGAUACUGUUAGUUCAUAUGAAAAAAGCCUGUGCUGGAUAAUUUGUUUUGUUUUGUUUUUUCUUCUCCAGAGAAGGCUCUAAGAGCAGGUUUCAUAGCCCACCCUGAAAUAAUUAAAUUCCAUAAGCUCUCCUGAUGUUUAGGGCAAUUUCUGAGGCCAGAGAAGAUAAUUGUGCAGAGAACAUUCAGCUGUCAGGCUCUGAUAAUCGUUUAGCUUAACAGACCAUAUCCAGCACUGGCUUCUUACAAAGUGCAUCGACAUAAAGCAAUUCAAUUGUUUAUAGUGCUUGUAUUAUUUCUUCUUUUCACAGCAGUUUCAGGAAGAAAAGAUGAAAGUGCUAUGAAGCUACUUGCAAAUGCUUAGUUUCCAAAAUGCAGAGGGAAUGUAGAAGUCCUCUUUCAGUCAACCAGCUGAACCCAAUCAAAAUGUCUUAACACUCCUAGUACCUAAACUUGCCCAGUAACUGCUCAGUGCAGAAUUGUAUCUGGUCUAACACUUAGCACUACAGUUGCUUCAGGUACGUGUUUUGCAUCAAAGCUCUCCAAAAUCUUUUCCGUGCCGAAUCCUCUGAAACGGAUAUUGCAUCAUGUGUCCUGGUAGCAGGUCUGGCUGGGAUGGAGUUCGCUUCCUUCGUAGCUGCUGCCGUGGUGCUGUGUUUGGGGUUUGUGAGGAGCAGUGGUGUCAGCACACCAGUGCCCGCCUGUGGCGGAGCAGUGCUUGCACCGUGUCAAGGCCUCCCUCCAUUUCCCGUUCUGUGCACAACCCUCGGGGGGGGUAGGCUCAGGUCGGGAGGGGACACAGGUGACCCCAGCUGACAAAAGGGAUAUCCUGUGCCCUAUGACAUCGUGCUCAACAAUAAAAAUGGGGGCUUUUGUCUUUCCAUUGCUCCAAGACUGGCUGGGCAUCAGUUCCCUUGUGGUUUUUGUUGACGAUAGGCUCCGAACUGCAAACAAACUUGGGAAGAGUUGAAACUAAUCUUUUAUUAAGGUCAUAAAUAAAAAUUAUGCUAUGCCCGAUAUAUUUUAUUCAGAUUUUUACUAUGGCUGGGGUAUGUGCUUGUACUACUGCAAAAACCUUGCUGAUGCAGUAACAAUAUAAUUUUUUGGUAGUAAACAAUUGCUCUUUGUUCUGUAUUGGUUGUAAGUCAGUACAUUUCGAACAAGUAUCUUCUAGGGGUCUUGGUGUUUCAGAUGAAGGAGCCUAGGAUAACAGCAGGCUUUAUAAUGGCUUCUAGAAACAGAAGUACCAAAGUUACUGAUAUUUUUCCCUACUCUGGAAGAAUGUUGUGAUGCUGAUUGCUUAAAUCUGACUUGAUCACUUGGAUUUGCAAGACUGACUUUCAGGAGCUGUCUAAAAGCAGAUAAAAUUAGUUGCUGUCUUUUUUCUUCUGUUUUAAUGUAUGUCUGUUGAGUGACCUUGAGUUCAUAUGGAAAGAUAAAUAUUUAAUGUCUGUCCUUUGCUGGUUUAGCUGCUUUAAGGCAGUGUCCUCUUGAAAUGGACUUCAAACUUUGAUCAACAACUUUGGUCUAAUUAAUGAAAGAGUUCCAAUAAUUCAUACUGCUGUUCUUGUUUAAUAAUUAAAUUUACAGUGCUUAAAUGACACUGCAGUCACAGGCUUUGACAGAAGUGUUAAGGAAACUGAAGAGUAUAGGAUUUAGCAACUGACACUUAAAUACAUACCAAACUAAUAAAUGCUUCUGAAACAUUGAA